AUGGAACACCAUUAUGGGACUCAUAACGAUGCCAUUCAACCGGGAACUUCCAGUCGAGGUAUCAGCGAUGUCACUCAAGAGAGCCACGGACCAAAUGAGAAACGAGGGCGCGAGGAUAGCGCGGUUCUUGAGAAUGCGCCGCCGGAAUAUCGAGCAGAGCUGGCUCGCAUCGCGUCGAAUUUCCCCAAACACCGUCCAACAGACUCUGGGACUAUCGGAGCGGGCAUCGAGCGCAAAGACACCCAAGAAGACAUUGAUCUCAACGACCCUGUUUACGAUCCUACAAGCGACCAGUUUGACCAUUACAAGUGGGUUCGGAUGGUGCUGAAGCUCUUGGAUAAGGAGGGCUUUCCACGGCCACCCUCCACCGGUAUCGUCUUUCAGCAUCUCACUGUCUCUGGUUCGGGGUCAGCAUUGCAAUAUCAGCACACUGUGGACUCAAUUUUGCUGGCGCCAUUCAGACCACAAGAGUAUCUCAGCUUCGCCAAACAUAGUCCACAAAGGCAGAUACUUCGCAAUUUCGAUGGCCUUCUGAAAAGCGGCGAGCUAAUGAUCGUUCUCGGGCGACCUGGGAGCGGCUGUUCAACGUUCCUGAAAUCACUUUGUGGAGAGCUUCAUGGCUUGAAGCUCAGCAAAGACUCCGAGAUCCAGUACAAUGGGAUUUCGAUGGAGAGGAUGCACAAGGAGUUCAAAGGGGAGGUCUUAUAUAACCAAGAAGUCGAUAAACACUUCCCACAUCUUACAGUGGGGGAGACAUUGGAGUUUGCUGCUGCUGCACGAACUCCCGAACACAGAUUGCGAGGGAUCAGUCGACACCGACACGCUAAGCUUGUCACCCAGGUUGUCAUGACCAUUUUUGGACUUUCUCAUACAUAUAACACAAAAGUGGGUGAUGAUUACAUUAGAGGUGUCUCUGGAGGAGAACGAAAACGGGUCAGCAUCGCAGAAAUGGCACUUUCUGGGGCACCUGUUGGGGCAUGGGACAACAGCACCAGAGGUCUUGAUUCCGCGAGUGCAUUAGAAUUCGUCAAGGCUCUGCGAGUCUCUGCCAAUCUAGUUGGAACUAGUCAUGCUGUGGCAAUAUAUCAAGCUUCACAGGCAAUCUACGAUGUGUUUGACAAAGCCAUUGUUCUCUACGAAGGACGGGAGAUCUAUUUUGGUCCCUGCAAUGAAGCUAAAGAAUAUUUCAUCAAUAUGGGCUGGCACUGCCCCCCACGCCAAACAACGGGGGAUUUCCUCACGUCCGUCACAAAUCCGCAAGAGCGUCAAGCGCGCGAAGGAAUGGAAAAUAGGGUUCCUCGUACCCGCGACGACUUUGAGAAUUACUGGAAAAACAGUUCUCAAUACGCAAGACUCCAGAAAGAGAUCGCAGAACACUUGAGAGAAUACCCUCCAGGUGGGGAAUCGGCACAAGCUCUUUAUAGAGUGAAGAGGUUUAAACAAGCCAAGCAUGUUCGUCCCAAAAGUCCCUAUAUCAUUUCAAUUCCCAUGCAAGUCAAGCUCUGUACGAUAAGAGCUUAUCAGAGGAUAUGGAAUGAUAAACCAUCUACUUUGACAAUAGUUAUCGGGCGUAUUUCUAUGGCUCUCAUCAUUGGCUCGAUGUACUAUGGGACACCCAUUGCCACUGCGGGCUUUCAGAGUAAAGGAGCUGCCCUUUUCUUUGCAGUCUUAAUGAAUGCUCUUAUUAGUGUGACAGAAAUCAACUCUCUCUAUGACCAACGUCCUAUCAUCGAGAAACAGGCCUCAUAUGCAUUUGUUCAUCCAUUUGCGGAAGCGUUCGGAGGCAUCGUUUCUGAUAUACCCGUCAAGUUCGUGUCUGCCGUGAUGUUCAACAUCAUAUUCUACUUCCUUGCUGGCCUGCGGUAUGAGCCAUCGCAGUUCUUUAUAUUCUUCCUUUUCACGUUCAUCAGUACGCUCGCAAUGUCUGGAAUAUUCCGAACCCUCGCCGCGGCCACCAAGACACUCUCCCAGGCGAUGGCUUUGGCUGGUGUGAUAGUACUCGCGAUUGUCAUUUACACUGGUUUCGUGAUUCCAGUCACGCAGAUGAGCUCAAUCCCCUGGUUUAGUUGGAUCCGAUGGAUCAAUCCGGUAUUCUAUACAUUUGAGGCACUAGUCGCCAAUGAGUUUCACGGUCGAAGGUUCGAAUGCUCGCAGUUUGUGCCUGCUUAUCCAAGCUUGAGCGGGAACUCAUUCAUCUGUUCCGUUCGGGGUGCCGUGGCAGGGGAAAGGACUGUGUCCGGCGAUUCGUAUAUUGAAACUCAAUACUCUUAUACUUAUUCGCAUGUGUGGAGGAACUUUGGGAUUCUUAUAGGAUUCUGGAUCUUCUUCACGGCAAUAUAUCUGAUAGCCUCCGAGGUCAACUCUGCGACUUCUUCAAAGGCCGAGUUUCUGGUUUUUAGACGGGGCCAUGUCCCUCCGCAAAUUCGUGACCUUGAUAAGGUUGGAAGAGAGAACGAGAUGCCAGGGCCGUCCACGGCCAACACAUCUUCCGAAGCCGAGAAGGAUGUUUCUGUGAUUCCGGAACAGCAUGACAUCUUUACAUGGCGCGAUGUUUGCUUCGACAUACCUGUCAAGGGUGGGCAGAGACGACUGUUAGAUAAUGUCUCCGGGUGGGUGAAGCCUGGAACGCUCACGGCUCUGAUGGGUGUUUCUGGCGCUGGCAAGACAACCCUCCUUGAUGUGCUUGCGAAACGAGUGUCGAUUGGUGUGGUCACGGGUGACAUGCUGGUAAAUGGCAAGCCUCCCGACAAUAGCUUUCAGAGGAAAACGGGAUAUGUCCAACAGCAAGAUCUUCAUCUACCUACGACUACUGUGCGGGAAGCUCUUCGGUUCAGUGCCGUCCUUCGCCAACCAAAGUCAGUUCCACGGAAAGAAAAGUAUCGGUAUGUCGAGGAGAUCAUUGAUAUGCUCAACAUGAAAGAUUUCGCAGAAGCUAUUGUUGGAACACCCGGCGAAGGAUUGAACGUUGAGCAGAGAAAGCUAUUGACCAUCGGGGUCGAACUUGCAGCGAAACCAGCAUUACUGAUAUUCCUUGACGAACCGACAAGUGGACUCGAUUCUCAAAGUUCAUGGUCUAUUUGCUCCUUUCUGCGUAAGCUUGCAGACCACGGUCAAGCCGUACUGUCCACGAUCCACCAGCCGAGCGCGAUAUUGUUCCAGGAAUUCGACCGUCUGCUUUUCUUGCAGAAGGGUGGGAAGACAGUCUACUUUGGUGAAAUCGGUGAACAAUCCCGCAUCCUGCUGGACUAUUUUGAGAGGAACGGAGCAAGAGUCUGCAAUUCAUCCGAGAAUCCGGCCGAGUAUAUGAUGGAGAUCAUCGGUGCAGGUGCUUCUGGAAAAGCCUCUCAGGAUUGGUCGGUUGUCUGGAAUGAGAGUCCAGAAGCCAAGAAGGUUCAAGAGGAAAUCAAUCGUAUCAAUCAUGAGAGGGCAUCGGCAUCUAGCAGCGAUAAUUCUGCUACCCAACACGGUGAAUAUGCGAUGCCGUUUAUCUCACAGCUGUGGUAUGUAACACAUCGGGUGUUCCAACAAUAUUGGCGCGAACCGGGGUACAUCUGGGCCAAAAUCAUACUGGGCGCUGCCUCAUCCUUGUUCAUUGGCUUCACAUUCUUCAAACCCGACAGUUCUUUGCAGGGGUUCCAGGAUGUCUUAUUCAGCGCCUUCAUGCUGACGUCCGUCUUCUCGACCUUGGUCCAACAGAUCAUGCCAAAAUUUGUCAUGCAACGGUCCUUGUACGAGGUUCGAGAAAGACCAUCCAAGGCAUAUUCCUGGGCAGCCUUUCUCAUAGCCAACGCUGCUGUUGAAAUCCCCUGGCAGAUUUUGACUGGGGUUAUUGCGUGGGCAAGUUACUACUUCCCAACCUACGGGGCGAACCAGCCAUCCCACCGACAGGGCCUCAUGCUCCUCUUCGUUGUACAAUUCUACGUCUUCACGUCCACCUUUGCCUCAUUGGUGAUCGCCGCCCUCCCUGACGCUGAGACUGGUGGCACAAUAGCAACCCUCCUGUUCAUCAUGACGCUCACCUUCAACGGUGUCAUGCAAUCUCCACAGGCCCUUCCAGGUUUCUGGAUCUUCAUGUACCGCGUUUCGCCUUUAACAUAUCUGAUUGCAGGCAUUACAGCAACUGGACUCCAUGGCCGCGCUAUCCAGUGUGCAAGAGCCGAAUUGAGCAUCUUCAAUCCUCCCCCGGGCACUAGCUGCGGACAAUACCUGGCACCGUACCUACAGGCUGCGCCGGGUCAGUUGUACAACCCUACCGCAACACAGGACUGCCAGUACUGCCAGCUGCGGAGCGCGGACCAAUACCUGGCCACUUCAAAUAUUUAUUACGGUCAGCGCUGGCGCAACUACGGCCUAGGCUUUGCCUAUAUUGGCUUCAACAUCAUGGGGACCGUCAUGCUGUACUACAUGUUCCGGGUUAAGCAUUACAACCCCACGUCUCUGGUCAGAGGGAUCGUAAGCGGCGCGAGGUUCGUCUGUCGUGUUUUCAAGCGGCGGUCGGGGAGCACGCCGAGAGGACGGGAGGCGGAGAACGGUAGGCUGUUAUAG